CCCUGCAAUGGGCUGUUAUUGCUACAGCUAACCAAGCAGCUCAUGCUUCUCUGAUGACUUACAGAUAGGCUCGCUGAGGCCCACAGAAGAUACCCCCAGAUUCUUUGGAUUUCUUUUCCAGUUGACAGAGUCAUCUGCACUUUCCCUCAGGAUGACAAACAGUUCAUUCUUCUGUCCAGUUUAUAGGGACCUGGAACCACUCACAUAUUUUUUUUAUUUAGUUUUCCUUGUUGGAAUUAUUGGAAGUUGUUUUGCAACCUGGGCUUUUACACAGAAAAACACGAAUCAUAGGUGUGUGAGCAUAUACUUAAUCAAUUUGCUUACAGCUGAUUUCCUGCUCACUCUGGCUUUACCAGUGAAAAUUGCUGUUGACUUGGGUGUGGCACCCUGGAAGCUGAGGAUAUUCCACUGCCAAGUAACGGCCUGCCUCAUCUACAUCAAUAUGUACUUAUCAAUUAUCUUCCUAGCAUUUGUCAGCGUGGAUCGCUGUCUCCAGUUGACACACAGCUGCAAGAUCUAUCGAAUACAAGAACCUGGAUUUGCCAAAAUGAUAUCAACUGUGGUAUGGCUAAUGGUCCUGCUUAUAAUGGUGCCAAACAUGAUAAUUCCCAUCAAAGACGUCGAGGAAAAGUCAAAUGUGGGUUGUAUGGAAUUUAAAAAGGAAUUUGGAAAAAACUGGCAUUUACUGACAAAUUUCAUAUGCGUAGCAAUAUUUUUAAAUUUCUCAGCCAUUAUUCUAAUAUCUAAUUGCCUUGUAAUUAGAAAACUCUACAGAAACAAAGAUAAUGAAAACUAUCCAAAUGUGAAAAAGGCUCUCAUCAACAUACUUUUAGUGACUUCAGGCUACGUCAUAUGCUUUGUUCCUUACCACAUCGUCCGAAUCCCAUACACCCUCAGCCAGACAGAAGUCAUAUCUGACUGCUCAACCAGGAUUUCCCUCUUCAAAGCCAAAGAGGCCACGAUGCUCCUGGCUGUGUCGAACCUGUGCUUUGAUCCUAUCCUGUACUACCAUCUCUCAAAAGCAUUCCGCUUAAAAGUCACUGAGACUUUUGCCUCAUCUAAAGAGAUCAAGGCCCAGAAAGAAAAACCAAGAUGUGAAAAUGAUGCAUAAAAUAUGGGAUUUUUCAUGCUAUCACUUUUUGCCUUACUGGAUUGUAAAGCUACUUACAGUUUUAAAAGAGAAAAAAAGAAUCUCAGUAAGAAAAAAUACAGAAAGCUAGCAAACAUGGACUGGUUUACUUAGAAAUCCUAUUUCUAAAUGCAAGCCACACCUAUACUCUCAUGGCUGUUGAUACCCUUUAACCCAAAUAUUUGCACAAAAAACUAAAGUCUUGUUGAACCAAUGUAAAACUUGCAAUGUCCUUGAAAUCCAAAAGAGGUCUAUGACAUAGACCCAGAGGUAUUCAUGACAUAGUCACUUAAAUGCCUGGACCUGACUUCUUGAUAAAAAUAUAUAAAACAGUCUCCAUGUAAGUUGUCAGAAAGCCCUUCAGCAACACAAUUUUAAAGGCCUUUAGACCACUUUAAAAAAAUAAAAGCACUUACAUGAAACAACCUGU